GAUUAAUCACUUAUAAGCCUUUACCACUUUUUAGUCUUUUAGCUCAAAAGAAACGAAAAAACAAAGAAAAUCAAGAUCGAGAGAGAGAGAAAGAGCCAUGGAGGGUCUUCAAAGAUCAACCAUCUCCUUCCGCCGUCAAGGAUCUUCCGGCAUAGUCUUUGACGACCGUGUCAUCGCCGAGCUUAACAAACAAGCAACGGAGCAGAAAGACGAAAGUCAACGCGAGGAACAGCCUAAGCCUAUGUCUGAAGGCACAGAGCAAGAGAAACCAAUCGCCGGAGACGAGAAAGACAAGCUCAGGCCAAUCAAAACAAGUGUACCACCACCAACAGCCGGAGGACUCGAGAGGAGUCGAUCUAACGGCGGAGGAGCUCCGCGGCAUCACCGAACGACCGGAAGAGUGUCUCCUGCGGUGGAUCCGCCGUCUCCGAGACUCUCGACAUGCGGUUGCUGCACUGCGUUUGGGAAGAAACCGCCGGGGAAGAAGAAUAAUCCGAGGAAAAGGCCACCGAAGCGCAGAUCAAGGUAGGCGUAAAACUAAAGAGAUCAUUACAUAGUACUAUAAUACUGUCUUUGAUCCCUCUUUGUGUGCUUUGAUACAAUCUUUAAUUUUCAUUUUUCGAAUCUCUCCCGUUAAAGCUUAUAGAUCGCGCAAUACUUUUGAAUUUUAUGUUUGAUUGUAAAUUAGCUGUCUUUUUUUUUUUCAGACAAAUUUUUCAUUUCUGUA